UGUGUGGGUUUACAUCUGUGGUCACUGCCUCCUUGUGGAUUGUCUCGUCCGUGGCCACUGUAUCUAUUCGUAGAUUCUCUCUCUCAGCCAAUCCCGUCCGUAGCCACUGUAUCAGUUUGUCGAUUCUGCUAAUCCAAGGUCCCUCCACUAACAUUUGCAAAUCUAUGUAGACAGAUCUUUUGACUUGCUUAGUGGAAUCUCUUGCUUUACCUUCUGUGGCAUCGGCGAUCGGCCAUUAGAGGAAGAAGAAUGUAUGCGCUCCGUGUCAUUGGUCUUUCCAUAAAUAUGAAUUCCUAAUUUUGCCUCGUCAAGCUUCCCACAAGUCCACCCCUAUCCUAUCCAAAAAGAGAUGGAGGCUUUAAAUUCUGAGAUGGAUUCUCCGCCGCCGCCGCCGCCGGAACCGGUCUUGGAUCUUUCCCUCGAGGUGGAGGGCGCCGCCGGGCCCUCGGAUACCAAGGACGUGAAGCUCUUCCCCUGCCUCUUCUGCAAGAAGAAGUUCCUCAAGUCGCAGGCCCUCGGCGGCCAUCAGAACGCCCACAAGAAAGAGAGGAGCAUCGGCUGGAGCUCCUACCUCUACCUCGCACCCGCCACGACCGCGGCCGCCGCCAUUCCACCUCCGUACCUCAGCGCUCCGCCGCUCGCCCACGCGUGCAGGAAUCUCCCUCCCGGCAGUGAUUACAACUUCGGCGGCCAGACGGAGUUCUUGAGCUCCCGCAGAGCCCCUCGGUUCUCCAACGACCACGCACUGCUUUCCGCAGUGAGCAAUAGCCGAGCAAUGUGCGCCGCCGGAGAUCCAGCUGCCAGCGGCGACGAGACCAUCGAUCUCCUAAAUUGGAAAAGGGGCUCCCAUCUCCAACAAGAACCGCCUGCGGCCAACUCCUACGACACCGGAGACCGGACCGAGCUCGACCUAUCCUUAAGGCUCUAGGAACUCUAUGCGAUCCGUCACUUGUUGCUUAGCUUUCGUUCACCGGCUGUUAGGUCCCCGGCCCCUCUUGCAGGCCAACUAACGCAACAGUAUAACGCCGUGGAGAAGUUGAAUUAGACCAGAGAGGAAGAGCAGCCGAGCACGAGACGUGGGUUCUAUUGCAUUUUUAUUUUAUUUUUGUCGUCGAGGCGUCUGCAAAUUAUAAUCAUGUAAAUGCUCUGCUGUUCUAUUUCAUGCUCUGUUACGACC